UGCGCCCACUCCCUUACUCGACGUCCGUCCCUCGGGACGGUCUUGCCAUGUUGGCGACCCUGCAAGGGGGUUGAUAUAUUGCUCGCUAAUGCAGAUUUGCAGAUUGAUCGGACGAACGUACUCCGGUUCUGCCUCAGGCAGAAGUCUGCGUCUGGCUGUUUUGGGAUGGGUCAUUAAGGGAGGAUGUACGGAGGAAGGUAAAGAGAGAUUGCGCAGAUUGGAUGCUGGAUGGGAAAUUGAGGAUGUACUCUGUACGGAGUACGAGGGCAGGGGUAAGGCGUUUGGUUUGAUUAUUCUUUGGAUAGGUAUGAUAUUGAAGGUUUUUUUCCUAAAAGGGAAAGAAAAUAAAUAAACACAUGAUUGGUUGAUUCGGAUAGGGAGUGGAAUUAGGGGUUUGGGACCUCAUAAUGUACUUUUUUCCUUCUUUUCUGUUCUUUGUUACUAUUAUUCUGAAUAUUUA